CCAGAGUUUGUUCAGAGUUGAUGGGAGGAGUAAUAUUAGAUUGAUUUUCAGACUGAUUUAACUGGGAGAAGGUCCCAAAACAUCACCAAGCCCGCUCAGCAAAAAUGCCUUCCGACUUCCUCACCCCGUUUUUGGAGUUGGACGAUGAAUUCUGCAAGAACUUUCUCAGCAUGGAUUUGACAGAUGGCGUUAUGACUAGUGUGACGCCAAAGAAGACAGGAGGAUUCCAACGCAGACACUCGACUUGCCCCAUCACCCUCCCCAACUCCAAAUUCAACAGCGGCAGCGCGGACCAGCUCGGCCAGUAUUCGGGGUGGCCUCUGCAGCCGCAGGACAGUCAGCACUGGAGCCGGGAGAUGGAGCAGCAGCUUCCCCGGUCCUGCCUCAAUCAGAUCCCGUUCAAGGUGGACCGCUCGGUCAGCAUGAUCGAAAGCCAGGUCAGCAAUUUUGGGGGUCCUGCUCAGGUCGCUCCCCCUCCUCUGGCACCCCCUCCCGGCUUGGGAUGCAGCACCAGUUCCUUGCCGUCCAAAUCGCCCACGUCCCCUGCCCCCAUGUCUUCCCGAUACAAAACUGAGCUGUGCCGUACCUUCGAUGAGAGUGGCACUUGCAAAUACGGCACCAAGUGCCAGUUUGCACACGGCAUGGACGAGGUUCGAGGUCUCUCUAGGCACCCCAAGUACAAAACCGAGCCCUGCCGUACGUUCCACACCAUCGGUUUCUGUCCCUACGGCGCCCGCUGCCACUUCAUCCACAACGAAGACGAGCAGCGCCCUGCCGCAGCCACUGAUGCGCAGCAAGCUAAAGAACGACCCCAACUCCACCAGAGUAUAAGCUUCGCUGGUUUCUCAACCCAGUCCGUCUCCGGCCUCCAAAAUCUCAAUGAGCCCCUAACCUUCUCGAGAGCUUCCUCUGUGUCCCCUCCACCUUCCACUGGUAGCCCAGAGUUACUCUCCCCCAUCUUUCCCGAACCCAAAGCUCUCAAACACAGCUACUCCUUCUAUGGGGAAGUCGGCAAAGAUCAGCCUGCCGCCCCACGCUUUUACGCGGUCACUGACUCCAACUGCGCACCGGGAGGGUACAGCCCUGCCCAAAACGGGCUGCAGACACCACCCGCAGCCCACAGCCACCAUAGGACUGCCUUUACUUUCCCGGGGCUGCCUCUGCUCCACAGAAGCGCCUCAGCGGACUCACUUUCGGACCAGGAAGACUACACCAGCUCAAGCAGCUUCAGUGGCUCCGAGUCCCCGAGCUUCGAAGGCAGACGGCUCCCCAUAUUCAGCAGAAUCUCUGUGUCAGACGACUAAAAAGAAGCAGCUUUUUACUUAAAGCAAUCCCGCUACUCAAGUGCAUAUUGCAUUUCUCGUUAUCAACAUGAAAUUGAAGCAGUCCUGCAGUUGUCUGUCCCCUAGCCCUGAUUAGGUAUACUGUCGUAUACCUUAUGUAGCGACUAUGGGUACUUCUAUUGUAUUAGCUUUAAACUUUUUAUAUAUUGACUUACCGCAAGUCCUAUUUCUGAAUUUUCUGUACCCAAUAAGUAAUAAUAAUAUAAGUAAUAAUAUUGUAGGGGUUGUAGGGACUAACCAUUGUUAGGUUGAAACUUUUUUUUAUAUUAGUGAUGUGCAUUUGGCAAGCUUGAACAGGCUUUUUUAACCUACCGUGUGUGUGUGUGUGUGUGUGUGUGUGUGUGUGUGUGUGUGUGUGUUAGGGUGCGUGCGUGCGUGUGUGUGUGCAAAUCGCCUAUUUAAAAGUGCCAUACAAGAGGUGGGGGUGGGGAGCAAAGCAACUAUUCAAUGCAUACACUUACAGAAAAUUGCAUGCUUUAUAACAAUGGUUAAGCCAAUGACCUCUGCCAUUACAGUGCACAUUACCAAAGCUGAGGUUGCUAUAGUUACCUUACUUUUUGUAAGUGCAGUUAACAUGAAAUAUUAUGUUUAUUCUGAAAUGUAUGUAAAAUGUAGCCUUCUCUGAAGGCAUUUUUUUAAAAGACAGUAUUGUUGACUCUAGGCUAACUCUAGUGCCCUGUACAUUUCUAUCGUUAUUUAUUUGUAUUGAAUUUUUCGUUUUUGUUCUUUUGUAUACAAUUAUUAUUAUUAUUAUUAUUGUGUCAUAGUGUUUUCUUAUAAUGUUAGUGUAAACAUAUUGUAACCUAGCUUAUUUGUUGUAUUUUUUCAAUGCUUUACAGUAUGUCUGUUGGCUAUUUCGUAGCUUUGGGAAAACAAGUUUCUUGAAUGUAGGUCUAUCUCAGGAUUUAGAAGCAAGUAUAAAUAAUAAUAAUUUAAAAAGUUUGUGUGAUCUUGUUAGAGCAAGUCCUGUAUACAAUCAAUAGAGAUUGUGAUACAUAUUUACUUGGUUGAGCACACUAUACAAAUGCGGGUUCCCCAUACCACAUGAAGCAAUGUGGUACCAUUCAGCAAUGGCAUCUUAUUUAGCACUAUGAAAUGCUCUGAAGUUCACCAAGAUGAUAAUUAAAAGAAAAACAAAGUAUAAAAAUCUCCCUUAAUGGUUUUCAUACAGUGCCUGUUGCGUAUAAAGUUUAUAAACGUCUUAAGAAUUGGCUUUUUAAAAUCCCUGUUCUGUAUUUUGUGUAGUACUGUAUAGCAGUGUAAACGUAGACAUGACUGUCUGUCUAAUCCUUGCCUUAACUUCAUGACAGAAAAAAAAAGAGCUUUUACGUUUGUUAAUUUAAAAUGUUUUAUUUAUUUUAUGUUGUGGUCGUACAUGUUUGUUUGUUUGGAUUUAUUUUUUAAAUUUAAGAACUUUGUUUACAUUCCAUUGCAUGUAAAUUCCUUUUGUUUUUACCUUUAAUAUAUUUUGACACCUUUAAAAAAAAUAAACCAGUUUUAUUAAAAAAUAAUUAAACAAAA